CGUUCCCAAACACACGGACAAACAAUCCAAAAACUUCACUCAGGUGUUUAUGAUCUGGAUCUGUAACUGUGCAUGGAUGUAUUGUGUGGUGAUUCAGAGGUUUAAGAAAACUAGAUAUCUACAAGUUUGUCGCGCUGGUUGAGAGAGAUCUGCUCAUCGGGCCGUAGAAAUAAGCUGCGCGCGCAGUUGUCCCCUGUCCCAUUCACCGCCACGCUGAGUGGGUCUGGCCAAUAGGAACAUACCGAGAGGUCUUUCAGAAGGGACACAGUUUAUUACACAUGGUCCCAGCUUCGACAAAACAUUCGCUUGCAUUAGUCGCACAGGGGAGGAAAGGUGAGCGGGUCGUUUGUUGAUCUCAUGUAUGCAAGUUCCCGCUAAGGCCCCACUAGAAGUUAUGGCUACUCCGUCCCACAUCGUCGUCCUCUUCAACGCCACUGCCGGGAAAAACGGUGAAGAUGUGGGUGUAGACGAAGAACAGAUAGUGUUAUUUGUGUACCUUUUAUACGACGUAACAAACAACAAGGUUGUAGCUGUUCAAUCUCAUUACGUUAGGCCUCAACCGAAUGAAUUGUCAGAAACAUUGCUUACUGAAGACUGCAAAACUGAAACCGGUCUUGACGAAGAAGCUAUAAAGAACUCUCAGCCUUUGGAACAUGUACUAGACGAGUUCGAUAGGUUUUUGAGUGCCAAAGGAGUUCACCCGAACCAUGGCGGCAAGUCGUUUUGUUUAUGCAUGGAUGGCCCGGCUCACUUGAGGCAAUGUAUUCACGCCGAGGCCUCCAACAAGAACAUUCAACUCUCACAGUAUUUUUACAAGUUUUUCGAUAUACGCAAGGAAUUCAAGAAGUUCUACAAGGCCAACCAUAUCACCUGCAUCAAGGAAAUAUUGGAAUAUCUGGGAUUGGAAGCUGACCAAUCAGUGGAAUAUGGCAUCAGACAGUGUCAAGAAAUGGCCAAAAUAAUACAGAGACUCAUUAAUGAUGGUCAUGUUUUCAGUCAGCCAGAUAUCGUUAGCGAGCGAUUAGAGCCAGGCAUUUGCAGUAAGAAUGAGCAUGUCGAUGACAGCACUGUUGUCAGAGCACGUGGGUUACCAUGGCAAUCCUCUGAUCAGGACAUCGCACGUUUUUUCAAAGGCCUUAAUAUUGCUAGAGGAGGCGUGGCGCUGUGUUUAAGUCAACAAGGAAGACGUAAUGGGGAAGCUCUGAUUCGAUUUGAAAACGAAGAAAACCGAGAUCUGGCUCUUAAGCGACACAAGCAUCACAUUGGUCAGCGUUAUAUUGAGGUGUACAAGGCAUCAGGAAAAGACUUCGUCAAUGUUGCCGGAGGUUGCAAUACUGAGGCUCAGAUAUUUUUGUCUCGCGGAGGCCAAGCCAUCAUACGCAUGCGCGGAUUGCCAUUUACGGCAACAACUCAGCACGUGUUAGAAUUCUUUGCCCGAGAUCCUAACGCCGUGACAGUAUUGGACGGUGAGGAUGGUAUUUUGUUCGUCCACUACCCCGACGGUCGGGCCACAGGAGAUGCCUUCGUUCUCUUCACAACAGAAGACGAGGCCAAUCGAGCCAUUAAGAAACACCGGGAGAUGAUGGGGUCAAGGUACAUCGAACUGUUCAAGAGCACUACGGCGGAAGUCCAACAGGUUCUCAACAGGAGCAUGGAUCCUCGCGUACCAGAUCAACCCGAGGCUCAAAUCACACCUCUCAUUACUCAUCUCCCCCAACAGACCAGUGUGCCUUUGGUGCCACAAAACAUGAUCACCAGUGGUACAAGGAAGGAUUGCAUCAGAUUACGCCACCUUCCAAAUGGCGCCCAAGUCACGGAUAUUCUCACCUUUCUGGCCGAGUUCUCUCAAUUUAUCGUCUACCAAGGCGUUCACAUGGUCUACAAUGCGCAGGGAGAGCCGUCAGGCGAAGCGUUUAUACAGAUGGAUUCUGAAGAGUCUGCACAACUGACAUCACUAAACCGACACCGAAAGCCUAUGAUCUUCUCCAACAAGAAAAGAAUCAUAGACGUCAUCCAAUGUUCUGGUGAAGACAUGAGCUUAGUGUUGACGAAUGGCUAUCCUACAGCAGUAACCUUUCAGCAGCCAACCACACCUGUUGUGCAGAGACCCAUAAUCUCGCCAAAUCUUGCUCUGAUGGGGCAGACGAUGAAGUCGCCAUUAGCCACUCAGAUACCAGAAGUUCCCCUCAAACACAGUAUCAGCCCAGUGUUUCCCUCGCCUGGAAGUAACCCCAUCAUUCCAACAGGAUUGACCUCCCCUUUUUCGUAUGCUGCUCAGCUCUCCCAACUCUCCCAGCUAUCACAGCCAUUGCCAGGAGCUUUUCCUUCACCACUAACCCACAUCCCCCAGAGGCCAGCCUACUACCCAUCACCUAUCCUCUACUGGUAUCCCAGCCCGCCAGUGUCACCCCAGAGCUACUACACACAGGCGCAGACAGGUCCUGCUGUUGUUGUUAUGAGAGGUCUUCCAUUCAACGCCUCCAUCCAGGAUAUUCUUGCCUUCUUCCAGAGCUAUCCUGAGGUCGGACCGGAAAGCAUCCAGAUUCAGCAGAACACAGAUGGACGUCCAAACGGCGACGCCUUGGUGACAUUUGCGUCUCGAAAUGAAGCCGAGCGGGCCAUAGCUGAGAGAAACCGUCAGAACAUUGGGAAUCGCUAUAUCGAACUGUUCCUGGCUGAGAGAGCAGCUGUGUAGGACACUGUACCCAAUUAUUCCAUCGUUGCUUCAAGUGCUUCAUCGUCCUGUCCGUUUGCCAUAGGGGGUGAGAUAAUCUUAACCACUUUGUUUUCAGCACAUAGACAUUGUAUAUGGCAGUAACCAAUGGUGCGACCCGAAAAGCAAUGAAAAAGAAAUGAAUCUCAACAACUUCCUGUAUUUUGGAGGAAUUCUCUCAGACUGUCAGAUGCAUUCUAUUGAUGGCAAAGGAAUACCAGGAAUCUCUUGGGACUUCUAGUUUUAGUUCGCCUAGGUGCAAUCAACACCAGCAAACAGCUAUGUUUUCCACCUGCAAUCUCCUUUGAGAGGAACGUCUUCUGUGUAAAGGAUCUUCAAUCUAGAAUCUCCUGUAUUUGAGAGCCACGUCUUCUGUCAAGAAUCUUCCAUAAGAGCGACCUGUUCAGUGAAGGAUCUGCAAUCUAGAAUCUUCUCUAUCUGAGAGCGACGUCUGCUGUCUGUAAUCUUCCAUCUGUAAUCUCCUGGGAGAUUGUCGUCUUCAAUAAAGGAUCUUCCAGCUGCAAUAUCCUCUGACAGCGACGUUUACCGUGACAGAUCUUCCAUCUAGAAUCUCCUCUGAGAGUGACGUUUUCUGGGAAGGAUCUUACACCUAGAUUCUCCUCUAAAGAAAGGACGUAUGAUUUGCCAGAUAAGUGCCUUGCCAUGAAAUUUCCUCUGGUAAAGAAUACUUCCGAUUCGGUAUCUCGUUUGUCAUUACCGUCUUAUACCGUAGAUCAUCCAGAUAAAGCUUUCCUUCGAGUGAGUUUCUGCUUCCGGUUUUUUGUUGUGAAUAUAUAUGAUCUGAUGAACGAUUUUCGCUCGUUAUCUCAGCUUUUUAGUUUGCCCUGAGAAACAGAAGAAACUUCACGACAGAAUCGACAAAGUGAUAAAAUAAUCAACAUCACUCGCAAUAAAACAUACAUGUAUUUCCUGGACCUUCUCAUCUCAAACAUCAAGCAGAGUACAGACUGAGGACCGCUUUUUCAUCCAAGGGAGGUAAUUCAUGUGACCAUGCAUGAAUGGUAUGUUGAGGUCUAACCCACGAUAUUUUGUACAGAUACCACUGCAUUAUUGAUUUAAGUAUCCUAGGUAACAAACACCAAAAAAAAGAAUACCUUUCUUAUAGUGGCCUUAAUAAUCCGUGUUGAUAUAUAUUAUAAAUAUAAAAAGCAUAUCAACUGUAUUUUAUUGUAUAUAACCUUAUUUACCGACAUUUUUACAAACCCCAGAAAUAUGGGAUUUUAAGUGUGUUUUUUUUUUAUUAUAUCGAUGUAUGCAUCUCUGAACAUACUGUUGUAAUGUUAAGGGAGUGUACAUUUAUAGCCAGAAAAGUAAACUAGUAUGUUCUCAAAGUGAUCUGUUAUAUGAAAUGUUAUAGCACGAGAUUUUGUUUGUUUAUGGCCAUAGUGCUUUUUUUGACUUUAGGUGGGAUAUAUUUUACACUGGUUGUAACUUUGUAAUCUGAGAAAUGGAACCUUCAUGUUGUAAUUGUAUUACGACCAAUACGACUGUAUGGCAUACGCAAUUUCAUGACUUGCCAUCCUUGUGCUAUGUUUGGUGGAUUCUCAUCGCUUGUUUUUGCGGAUGGAGAAUCUGUUUAUACCCAUGACAGACGACUUAGGACUUGGUUGUGAACGUUUGUGUGGAAAACUAGUCAGCCAUAUAAUCUACACCUGGAAAAAAGGGAGACAACCGUUUAAGAAACGCAGUUAUAAAUAAUCAUUAUCGCAUCAAAUGAAGUGCAUUUAUUCCUACAUGCUAAUGAAAUCAUGUUACCGCAAUAUGCAGUUUUGCAAUAAAUUUAGUUGUGCAAAUGUUAUCAUAAAUCGACUUAUUGAGUUCAGAUCUGAAUGUCUACUAAAUUAAUGAGGGAACACCAACUAGCAAAACUUUUUUUUUAGUAUUUAGACAAAAAGAUGUAUAUAUCACGAAACAUGUUGUAGUUUUUUGAUUAUUUGUUGUUAGACGUGACAUCAGAUUUUUUGUUUAAGUUACAUUUGUCAGUUAUAAUUUGUUGUGUUUUUUUGUCAUUUAUGUUGACGCCACAAGUAUUGCGUCAAGUUGAGUUUAUUUAGUGUUUAGUGAACUAUUGUGCCUCUUGGCAGGAAUUUUCAUAUCUAAGAGAAAAGGCCGUGCAAUAUGAUAUGUAAAAAAUACAGCGUUUGGAUGCAUCAGCUAUGAAAUAAGCUAAGAAGUAUAUAUUAAUUAUGCGGUUAUGUAAAUGCUUGUACAUAAUUUACCUUACAAUAGAGUUGGCGCUAUAUUAUCAAAUUUAACCAUGUCGGGAGGAAUUUCAUUUAAAUGUUUUGUAUACGUAGUUAGUAUUCCGUACACAGAGUUGUAGCGCGCAGAUUGUCUCUGACGCGUCAGUCUGUGCGGGAACAACAAAUCGUAAGUAUGUCUUCCAGCUUCAUGCAAUAAUGAGAAUAAAAAUAGAUUUAACUAGCCAAAAGGUGGAGGUGCUUGGUGUUGGUGUUUUUGGUGGUGGCUGUGGGUGUUUUGACUUUCCUUUCUGUUCUCUCCCAUUUAUAUAAGCGCAUUCUAUAAUUUUUACGAGUGCAUGCAUGCAGGCGCUCCCAAGAGUUAAAAACUAUCCAUUCCAAAGCAGCUCAGUGACCCCAUGGUGGCGUGACGUAUCCUUAUUUCUCCCCCUGGUGGCGUGUUCUCGCAAGAAAUAGACCCUCGCUACAGCGCAGAUAACUCCGUUCAUUUGCAAGUUGACAAAUGCUUUUCGGGAUAUUUUUAUAACAACGGUGGGAGUUUAAUAUAUUUUUUUGUUUUUCACAUUUACAACCGACAUAUAACUUCAUAUAAUGGAAAUUAUUUUGACUACCAUCAGUCAAUGUGUUGAACAGUUCAACGCAAUAAUAUAACGCAAUUGUCACUUGAGGUAUAUCACACCAGUAGCUUUUCGCUCUCUUUGGUUUAAACCGUUUUCAAAUGCUUCUCUCCCCCCACCCCCGAUCCCCUUUCUAGUGAGGUUAUAUACUGAACGGAAUCUACUUGCUGUCAUCCUUGGUGACGGACUAAAUGUGUCUUCUCUGUCUUUCUUUCUUUGCCAGGUAUAAUCAUUUAGCAACACGUGGUUUUACAACGUUUUGGGAAAAUAGCAAAACCCCGAUAGUAUAACAUGUAUUUGUGGAGCAUAAUAUAUGGAUAUAACGAAAAGGCUUUUAAUCACAUAUCAUAUUUUAGCACAUUUCUUAAUAGCAAAAACAGUCAGAUAUUAGUUCAAGAUUCGAGAAAUUUAUCUCGAAUUUCUAACCUUCAUGUACCGAGUGUUAUUUUUGUGUAAAAGUUGUACACACACUUUUACUUGUCAGCAUUUAUUACAAAGCCUAGUCAGUAUGCAUACAAACAAUGAGGGCCGUGCACAUAUCAUAAUUUGUUUUGUGAUAGGCAUAGGAUGAUUAUCUGGUCAGGAGUUUGUAAUCUCUAAUUUGAUUGACCCGCAGAAUUGUAAGAGCACUUGUAAUUGGUACUCUCUUAGGCAACAAAGAGAAAAACAGUCACGUGGCAAUCAUUACGAUAUUGCUUGCAUAU